CCGGCUGCCCAGCGAGACUGGGAGCACGGGGGAGGGAUCUGGGAACUCCCUGCAGGAGGGCCCUGCGCUGUCGCGCGAUUCUUAUCAAUUACCGGUUGUUGCCACGACGACAGGCUCUGGGGGCCCCGCCCCCGGUUGCCAUGGCGGAGCCAGAACCUGCCUUGGCACCCUGGAGCUGAAGUUGCCCGCCUAGACUUCUGGGAAAUGUAUUUCAGGAACCUCCGCAGGGACCUGCCGGCUUGGCGAUGACCCAAGUUUCUCCCAGGGUUUCAGGUUGACUUGGAAUCUUGAGGAGUGGAGGUUUGACCUGAUCCGGGAUCAAGCGGCCUUCGAAAUAGAUGCCACCCCUUUAAUAAAUUCAGAUUCUUUCACAAAGUCCCAGCUGCAGAAGCAGCAGCCUGAGCGGGGAGGUCAGCCCUAUUUGCAUAUGGGGAAACUGAAGUUCACAGAGAAACAGCGACCUGAGAAUGGGCGGGGUCAGAUUCUUGGACCUUCCUUGCAGGCUCCUGGUCCAGUGGUCUUGGGGCCUCUGCCCACCCCCACUCCUAGAACCUCCCCCAACACCUCCCCGCCCCAUGUUGCACACCCUCAGAAGAUGAUGGGACUGUCAUGGUGAAGUUGGAGGACUCUGAAGAGGAGGGUGAAGCUCUCCCAUGGGACCCAGGACCUGAGGCUGCACGCCUGCGCUUCCGGUGCUUCCGCUAUGAGGAGGCAGCGGGGCCUCGAGAGGCCCUGGCCCAGCUCCGAGAGCUGUGUCACCAGUGGCUGCAGCCAGAGGUGCUCUCCAAGGAGCAGAUACUGGAACUGUUGGUGCUGGAGCAGUUCCUAGGCGCACUGCCCCCUGAGAUCCAGGCCCGUGUGCAAGAGCAGCAGCCAAGCAGCCCAGAGGAGGCUGCUGCCCUGGUGGACGGGCUGCGCCAGGAGUUGGGCGGGCCUCGGAGAUGGGUCACAGUCCAGGUGCAGGGCCAGGAGGUCCUAUCAGAGAAGAUGGAGCCCUCUGACUUCCAGCCCCUACCUCAAACUGAGCCGCAAACUCCAGAGCCUGGUCCCAAGAUGCCCUUUGGGGCCAGGCAGGAAUCGUUGCUGGGCCUUCAGGUGAAGGAGGAGCCAGAGGUUACAGAGGAUCCAGAGCUUCUGGAGUCUGGGCGUCUAGCUGCCAUCCAGGAGGCUGCACCCACCCUCCUGCCUGAGGAGGCCCAGGGCUGUGGGACAGUGCUGGACCAGGCCUCUCCCCACAGUGAGAAUGGGCCUGAGGGGCCUUCAUGGAGGGAGCACUCCAGGGCCCUGUGGCAUGAGGAAGCUGGGGGCAUCUUCUCCCAAGGAUUUGCGCUCCAGAUGGACAGCGUCUCCGCAGGCCCAGGUACUGUGAAUCCCCACCUCCACAUCCCCUGGGACCUCGGCAUGGCUGGCCUCUCAGGCCGGAUCCGGUCACCCUCCCGCGAAGGUGGCAUGCUCAUGCUUCCCAGCGACCCAGGAAGUGAGCAGGACCCCACGCAUGAGGAUCCCCGCCGGAGCGUGGGUCCCACACUGGUCACUGCCCGCUGGCGCGCUCCCAGGGGCCGAAGCCGGGGACGGGGUCGCCCCAGCACUGGGGCCGGGGCGGUUCGGGGCGGCCGUUGCGAUGUGUGUGGCAGGGUAUUCAGUCAACGCAGCAAUCUGCUGAGGCACCAGAAGAUCCACACGGGCGAGCGACCAUUUGUGUGCGGCGAGUGUGGCCGCAGCUUCAGCCGCAGCUCGCACCUGCUGCGCCACCAGCUCACGCACACCGAGGAACGGCCGUUCGUUUGCGGAGACUGUGGCCAGGGCUUCGUGCGCAGCGCGCGCCUGGAGGAGCACCGGCGCGUACACACCGGAGAGCAGCCCUUUCGUUGCGCAGAGUGCGGCCAGAGCUUCCGCCAGCGCUCCAACCUGUUGCAGCACCAGCGCAUCCAUGGCGAUCCCCCGGGUCCUGGCGCUGCGCCUCACGCCCCUCCCGGCGUGCCUGAGCCCCCAGGCCCCUUUCCGUGCAGCGAGUGCCGCGAAAGCUUCGCGCGGCGCGCCGUUCUGUUGGAGCACCAAGCAGUGCACACGGGAGACAAGUCCUUCGGCUGCGUGGAAUGCGGCGAGCGCUUCGGCCGCCGUUCGGUGCUGCUGCAGCAUAGGCGGGUGCAUAGCGGCGAGCGGCCCUUCGCCUGCGCGGAGUGCGGGCAGAGCUUCCGGCAGCGCUCCAACCUCACGCAGCACCGGCGGAUCCACACCGGCGAGCGGCCCUUUGCCUGCGCGGAGUGCGGCAAGGCCUUCCGCCAGCGGCCCACGCUCACGCAGCACCUGCGCGUGCACACGGGCGAGAAGCCCUUUGCCUGCCCCGAGUGUGGCCAGCGCUUCAGCCAGCGUCUCAAGCUCACGCGCCACCAGAGGACACACACUGGCGAGAAGCCCUACCACUGCGGCGAGUGCGGCCUAGGCUUCACGCAGGUCUCGCGGCUCACCGAGCACCAGCGCAUCCACACUGGCGAACGGCCCUUUGCCUGCCCCGAGUGUGGCCAGAGCUUCCGGCAGCACGCCAACCUCACCCAACACCGACGCAUCCACACGGGCGAGCGUCCCUACGCAUGCCCUGAGUGUGGCAAGGCCUUCCGCCAGCGGCCCACACUCACUCAGCACCUGCGCACCCACCGGCGAGAGAAGCCCUUUGCCUGCCAGGACUGCGGCCGCCGCUUCCACCAGAGUACCAAGCUCAUCCAGCACCAGCGUGUCCACAGUGCAGAGUAGCUCCGGCCAGGACGCACUGCGACCACUUUGGUCAGAACACCUACCUCACAGGGUUGUUGUGAGGCCAGCGAUCUCUUAGGUACAGACAGGCUGCCCUGGACCUUGCCCCCAGUAGGUGCUCAAUAAACAGUAGAUGGAAA